AUGUCGUUCUCCAACAGCAGUGGCGGAACCCUUACUGUUCCCAGCCCCACGCACGCCCACCAUGUCGACGUGCUUGCAUCCUCAGUCAGGAGCCUCCGACGGUCCCUGUCUCGAUCACCAUCAAAGUUUAGCCUGGCGCGUACAGACUCCCCCAGCUCCGAGAGCUCUCACAGCGGAUCCCAUACUCCUGUGCAGCAACAGUCGCCAUGCCGACGAUACACACCAACCCCGACUCCUCCCAGCAGCAGCCACAACAACAACACUACCGCUUACGGGGAGUUAUUCCAAAGCCAGACUCCAGCGGGGCUCCCUCCCUCGAUGACCUCGACGACUCCCUUCAGCUCCCCUCCGAGCCUUGCAACACCUUUUCGCCCCAGCGUUCGGCUUUCUCUACGCUCUGCAAAGUCAUCCAAGGUGACGGGCAGUCCUUCGAGGCCGGCUACCCGACUUCGGACAUCGCCCAAAUCCCCCCUCAAACGCGCACUCAACGCUACAACAGAAUCGGGGGUAAAUUCCACUCCUUCCUCAUCUUCAAACUCGGUGGCUUCGGGCCAGGAAAAUAACCAGUCUUCUGCACAACAGAGCCCGCACUCGCGAUCGUCGACUCAGAAAGCAUCUCGCCAUAGCCUACACCUCGACGUAUCCGGCCACGCCCAGCAGACGAAUAUUUUCAAGCAUCUAGAGGCUCAGGGUGACCCGCAGGGGGCCCCGGGAUCGGGCGCACUCAAGCGCAGCGACGCCAUCAUGAACCUGGACCAGGCCUCUCUGGGCAGUCCGGUCGCGAAGCGACGAAGUUUACAUGGUAUCUCGAGUUUUAGCCAAAACACAUCUGAUUUCAACAUCUUCGACAACACUAGCAGCACUCCAGCCAAGACCGGGUUUGAUAUUCACGACGAAGCUAGCCGAGAGCGUGAGUACGAGCUUUUCGGUUCUAGUGCUGCUGCUCGGGAACCCCUCCCCUCGCCAACCCCGCCUCCUCAGAUCCCCAGAAGAACCGGUUCGCUUCGCCGGUCGACGCUCCAGCAAAGACAGCACGAUCGGAGCUCUUGGGGACGAAAGUCUGGUGCGAACCACUUGGCUCAGAUGGGCGGAGAGUUCUCUACUCCCAACGUCAAGAAUCGGCCGCGUCUCUCGAUGGAUCAAUUCCUCCCUCCUCAAAUUCCUCGGGACAGCCCCUUCACCUCGAACGGGCCACUGCCCAACCCUUCUGCUCACCCGGUUGAGCGACAUUCCCAUCAGCCUCACCCUCUGUCCAAGACGCUGGUAACUUCAACGUCCGGCAAUAGUCUCGAGGAGCAGAACAACAGCAUGCCUCCUCCCUACGUUUUUGAGAGACCACGAGCUCCCCUCAACUUUGCCAAGUCGAUGCCUUACGGUUCCUCCCGGCCAUCCUUCAUGCAGGACGAGGGCGAGAACGUCACCCCUUUCAAGUCUGCCAAGCCUUGGGCGGGAGCCUUCAUGUCGACUGGCCUCGUUUCCAAGGUGAACCGUAAUCCCGAGGAGGACAAUAAGCUGACGAUGCCCGACACCCCUUGCAAGAAGCCCACCAACGGCUUCGCGACUUUCCCGCCACCACCUGGCAGUGCAAUCAAGAAGAGCAAUCGGUACUCUUUUGGUGGCAUGCCUUCCACUCCUUUCAAUGCUCCAGGGGCCCCAUCUCGGAGCACAUUCGGCAAUCCUGGAAAGGGCCUGGGCAUCUUCCAGCGGCUCGGAUCACGUCAUGCACGCCGAGGCAGUGUCCUGAGCCUGGAUGAAGAUAAGAAAUUCUCCCUUGACACAAACUUCAAUGUCGGUCUUGGGGUUGAAAAUGAUGCCCCUCCGACUCCUACCAAGCAGGGUCUAACCCCCAGCUUCAGCAACCUGAGCGAACAGAGCAUCGAGAGCCCCAGCGCCAAGAGGACACUUCCGCCUCCCAUGUCUGCUGUACGGCCAAUGAUCUCCCGAGAAUCUACUGCAAGCCCAGUGGAACAACGCUCCCCGCGAACUCCUUCGACUCACGUCGUUCUUCCCGAUGCCAGCUGCCUAUCGAUCUCGAACCCUGCUGAGUCGAAGAGCGCUGCUACCCCGGUCACGCCUUCUGGGCGUGACUCUUUGCAAAGCACCACCACUCAGCUCAUGACUCCUGUCAAUGCUGGUCGUGCCAACUCGGACGCUGACGACUCACUUUACUCUCGUUUUGACAAGGUCGAGAUGAUUGGCAAGGGAGAGUUUUCUUCCGUAUACCGCGUGGUCAAGGCUGGGUACUCUCGCGCCUCGUUUCUUUCCGUUUUUAGUGGAACCCCUACCAAGAACCCUCGCGAAAGCCCCGAGCCAGACCGCAUUUACGCCGUGAAGAAGGCCCGUCGCCAAUUCACGGGACCCAAGGACCGCUUGUCCAAGCUCAGAGAAGUCCAUGCGCUUCAGGCCCUUACACACGCAGACCACGUUGUUCACUACGUCGACAGCUGGGAGUACAACCAAUACCUUUACAUCCAGACGGAAUACUGCGACGAAGGUACACUGGACAAAUUUCUCAGCAAUGUCGGUCGUAAAGGCAGACUAGAUGACUUCCGCAUCUGGAAGGUCAUCCACGACGUUGGCUUGGGUCUGCAAAGUAUUCACGAAGCUGGGUUCAUUCAUCUCGACUUAAAGCCGGCAAACAUCCUUAUCACCUUUGAAGGCAUCCUCAAGAUUGGCGAUUUCGGCCUAGCAACGGAGUGGCCCGCCGCCAAGGGUGUUGACGCGGAAGGUGACAGAGAAUACAUCGGCCCUGAAAUCCUACGCGGCGACUUCAACAAGCCCGCAGACAUUUUCUCGCUCGGUUUGAUCACGAUCGAGAUGGCCGCCAACGUUGUCCUCCCCGAUAACGGCCCUACCUGGGUUGCUCUCCGUUCCGGUGACCUCUCCGAAGUCCCCAGCUUGACCUUCAGCGCCACUACUGCGACCAGCGCUCAUCGGGACGCAGCGGGGGUCCCUACCAUGCAGUCAUUUGAUGACCCGUUGCUCGGCCAAACUAGCGCUCCGGACAUCAGCCUGCAUUUGGGAGCUGCCCCUACUCGGGUGAGCGUGGUCAUGGAUGACGAGAGCCCUUUCAUCACGCGCAAGCGCACCGAGCUCAGAUCCCCUCCGGACUUCAUGAGCGAUCCCUUCCACCCUAGCUCUCUUGAUCAAAUCGUCCGAUGGAUGAUUAGCCCCGAGCCGAGCGAGCGACCCACCAUUCAACAAUUGCUGUCUACGCCCUCGAUGACUUGGGUUGCUCAACGUCGCAGAUCAGCUGCGACUGUCUUCGAAGGUGUCUGGGGACCUAGCGAGUCGACCGCACUCCCUACCUUGGUGGACGAAGACACCGAAAUGAUGGACGUUUGA